CCGCUGCCCCGGCUGCCAUGAGUUGUGCGGAGGUGAUGUAUCACCCCCAGCCGUAUGGAGCGCCCCAGUAUCUGCCCAACCCCGUGGCAGCUGCAACCUGCCCCACAGCCUGUUAUCAUCAGGCUCCCCAACCUGGCCAGCAGAAGAAGUUAGCGGUAUACAGCAAGAUGCAGGACUCUCUGGAAGUCACCCUUCCCAGCAAACAAGAGGAGGAGGAGGAGGAGGAGGAUGAGGAGGAGGAGGAGGAGAAAGACCAGCCUGCCGAGAUGGAGUACCUUAACUCUCGCUGUGUCCUUUUCACUUAUUUCCAGGGAGACAUUGGGUCAGUAGUGGAUGAGCACUUCUCAAGAGCUUUGGGCCAAGCCAGCACCUUGCAUCCAGAAUCUGCCAUUUCAAAAAGCAAGAUGGGGCUAACCCCCCUAUGGCGAGACAGCUCAGCUCUCUCAAGCCAGCGGAGUAGUUUCCCAGCUUCAUUUUGGACAAGCUCUUACCAGCCCCCACCUGCGCCUUGUCUGGGGGGCGUUCAUCCUGACUUCCAAGUCACUGCACCCCCUGGAACCUUUACAGCUGCCGACCCCAACCCUUGGCCAGGACAUGGCCUGCAUCAGACUGGGCCAGCACCUCCUCCUCCCGCUUCUGAGUCCUGGCACUAUCCUCUGGCAUCUCAGGUGAGCCCGUCCUACAGCCACAUGCAUGACGUGUACAUGCGGCACCACCACCCCCACGCCCACAUGCACCACCGCCACCACCACCACCACCACCACCACCAUCCUCCUUCUGGCUCUGCCUUGGAUCCAUCGUAUGGGGCCCUGCUGAUGCCAUCAGUGCGAACCGCCAGGAUUCCUGCGCCCCCGUGUGACACUAAGACAGAUCCAACUACAGUCACCACUGCUACCUCAGCAUGGGCUGGAGCCUUUCAUGGAACAGUGGACAUUGUGCCAAGUGUGGGGUUUGAACCAGGUCUACAGCAUCAAGACAAAAGCAAGGAAUCAGCCUGGUACUGAAGCACAGUGUUAGCAGGUCGAGUUGCAACCUGAAUCCAAAUGCCCACUAGGAAAGAUGCCAUUGGGACUUUAUAUCGUGAAGUGGGACAUGAGGAACAUGUGAGGAGAAGAGGCAGUGUCAGGCCCUUGACUUUAGUGUUGACCCUCUACUGGAGGCAGCAGAAUGGGUCCUCCUCAUUGAAGGAAAGCGUCCUUUCCCUAAUCCGAGCCUUUGUCAAGCAUGCAUCUCUUUCUUUUUUACUCCCGUGCUUUUAUCAGUACCCAAGUUCAUUUUUCUUUUUUAUUUUAUUAUUAUUUUUUUUUCUUUUUGAACCAGCCACCUCAUCAGGAAAAGAUGAACCACAAAUGAAAACACUCAUUCUUUCAGGAAAGCAAUUUUGUAGCUCUAUGUGCAUCUGUUUUUGUAGAAUUAUGGAAGUUUGGUUGAGCAUGGAGGGCUAUUUUUGAGGGAUGUAUUAUUUUAAUAUUGUAAAAAUUGUUGAGUUCUGUUUAAAGAACUUACUCUCAGAGAAGCACUGGUAAAAAUGUUAAAAAAUGCUGAUCUGUAAAAUGUCUGUGAUGUGCUCCUGUAUCUGCUUUUGAGGGUACCUUAAGUGUUUGAUAUUUUAUCCUUUCUACAAAAAUAGUCCUUCCUUUGACAAACCAAUGCAGUGUUGUUUUUAUAAUAAUUCUCAGUGAAGAUUUAAUUCCAUGCUAGCUCACUUAGCAUUCAGUUAUAUGUGUAGCUUGGAAAGGGAGGGGGUUUGCCCUUGGCACAGUAAUGGAAGAUUUUAUUACUUUGAUUUGUCUGAAAGAAUACUUGGAGGUAGAUUCAGUAGGAAAUGUGUAUAAACUCACAGUUGGAUAGAAUUUUUGCCUAGAGAAUAAGAAUUCUCUCUUUCUAGUUCACUCAAGUUUGAUAAAUAUAACCAGAGUUUAUGUACAACUUUUAUACUGGCAAAAUGUAUUUAAUUCUGCAAACAAUAGGCACCAGCUACUAAUUAUCUUUAUUUCUAAUUAUUCAUUAAUGGUAACUUGAAAAGCCAUAUUUUAAGUGAAUUUAUU